GACGACUGACUUAUGGCGGCAACUCUAGAGGUUUUGGUUCAAACGGAGAAAUAGAUUCAUGUCUCUCAACUUCAGUGUCUCAUGGACUUUAGAAGAGGAUGAAGCCUGAUAAGUUUAGUCAUGGGACGUUUUCACUUCUCAUUCUUUCAGGGCUAUGUUACUCUGUUUACUCGUUGCCCGUUAAACAGGACUCUCAAUCAAGUGCCUUGUUCUACCUCAUGAAUUACGGUUACAUUCAAUCAGACGAGAACGCCAAUACUCAAGCAUUACUCUCGGGUGAUGGAAUUAAAAAGGCCGUCAAAGAUUUCCAGGCCUUCGCUGGUUUGGAUCAAACUGGCGAGCUCACAUCAGAAACGGUUGAACUUAUGAACACUCCGAGAUGUGGUGUGGGCGAUCAAAUUGGACAUGGGGCAAAUGCCAGGCGGAAGAAACGUUACGCUCUCCAAGGAAGUCGUUGGAGUCGCGAUGUCCUCACUUAUCGAAUCACAAAGUAUCCUUCGACUGAUCGUUUAAGCAAAUCUGAGGUGGACUCGCAAAUCAAGGAGGGGUUCACUCUCUGGGAAAGGCAAACCAACCUCAAGUUCGAGGAGAAAUCCUCAGGCUCCAUACAUAUUGAAAUCCGCUUUGAGAAACGCGAACACGGCGAUGGCGAUCCGUUUGAUGGGGCGGGGGGUACUUUAGCUCACGCCUACUUCCCUCAAUUCGGUGGAGAUGCUCACUUUGAUGACGAGGAGUUUUGGACCAUCGACUCGUUUCGAGGAACGAACCUUCUGCAAACUGCUGCCCAUGAAUUUGGACAUUCUCUGGGUCUGUCCCAUUCGGAUGUUCGAGAUGCUCUCAUGGCUCCAUUCUAUCGAGGAUGGAUACCUAACUUGGAACUGCAUCCCGAUGACAUCGCGGCAAUUCAAGCACUCUAUGGAACGAAAACCAAAGAGGAAGAUGAAAAUCCCCCUAGGACCCCGGGGAACACGGAUAAUGAUGAUGACGAUGAUGAAAAUGAAGAUGAUAAUAAUGAUGAACGAGAUCCUCCUUCCAAUGGAGAUAACGAAGAUCUCUGCGACGACACCGGAUUCGAUACCAUAUUCAGUACUACUGAUGGGACGUUUUAUGUCUUCAAAGGCUCAAACUAUUGGAAACUCACGGAUGAUAGCGUGGAACGCGGGUAUCCGAGAAAGAUUGCCGACGACUGGUCAGGGCUUCCAGACAAUGUGGAUGCCGCCGUGACUUGGCCAGCCAAUAAGAAGACUUACAUCUUCAAGGGAUCCGAGUAUUGGCGAUUCGAAAACCAGGAGGCCGAUUCCGGUUACCCGAAGCGGAUCUCCGAGGGUUUCGAGGACAUUCCCAAUGAUGUGGACGCUGCCUUCAUUUGGGGUGGCAAUGGGAAGAUCUACUUCUUCAAGAACAAUGAAUACUGGAAGUUCGACCCGACCAAACGCCCACCGGUUCGAUCCGUCUACCCAAGACCUCUUAGUAAUUGGGAGUUGCCCAAUGGCGUGGUUGGGGCCAUUCAAUGGUCCAACAAGUACACUUACUUCUUCACCCGAGACAGUUACUACCGAUUCAAUGACCGUCGGUUCUCGUUGGAUCGGGGAGAACCCGGAUUCCCGAGGAAAACUGGUCCCUGGUGGUUUGGUUGCCCUUCGGAUGGCUCGUUUUCACCGGCUCAAGCCAAGAAGGAAGCCGCUUCAAUCAGCUUGUUCGAUGAUGAAGGCGACGAGUUACUUGAUGUUGUGCCUGGUGAUGAGGAUAAGAAAUAGAAUAGAUACCACCCAUUGUCGUUGGACGGAUUUCUUGAACCUUGACACGGCAUUUUGAGUUAGAUAUACAUAUAUUUAUUCGGAAUCUAUGAGUCCACUGGGAUUGAAAACAUAAUUAGUUACGUGUGAGGUUUUUGCAUGGAGAUAAAUUCACAAAAUAGUAAUACUAGGCCCAAAAAAUAAAUCUUACAUCAUCACAGCAACAGACAUCGAGAAAAGUCAUUGUGGCCUAUCAUCUUUUCAUCAAUCGACGGAGACAUUACCGCUUUCAUUUGCCCGUCCAACGCUUAUGGGGAUCGGAUUAUUUUCAACUAAAAUAUUGGACAAGACUGUUUGGGACGUCAAUUUGGGUAUGAUUGGGCCGAAAGAAAAGCCCCGAGAGUGUAUUAUCUCGGGCAAGAAGAGUCAAUGAGUUUUUAUCUUUGGAUCAACAGGGCUAGUGCAACAGAAGUGAUCUUCUUGUGCAUUUAGGAACGUUGAAGUAUUUGGUUGGUUCAAUAAUCAAAAUAAAGAGUCUUGGGGCGCUAAGUACGGAAAUGCGUGGAUUGAAUACGGUGGGAGUGAUUUCAUGUAUCUUAAGUUGCGAUUGCGAGUUAGAGAGAAGUGCAUACGAGUGUUUUUUUACGUGUUGAGAGGAGCACAUUCGAAGGAUGAAUUCUCGGGACUGGAUUUCCAAA